AUGGUUAUGAUGGGAACAUGCGUUUCACAAUUGGAGCAGAAUUCAAAGUUGGAAGCAAUGUUCAUGCUGAGAGCUUUUCUCAACUGCUUUAUGUUCUUCACAACUUCGUCUUCAUCCUUCGACUCUGAUGAUGCAGAGAAUACUGUUGAUUUGGAAAUCGCUAGAAGCUCACCAAAACCCACUGAAAAUUCAAGUGCUGUUCAUCAAAAUCAUAAGAAGAAGCAUUAUUCUCAUAUUAUCAUGGGGAAGUUAUCAACCACGUUGCUGGGAAAGUUCAAGAAUCGCAAGGAAUCAUCAUGGCCAUUAACAAAAUGUUUUGAUCACAUUAAUCGUAGAGAUAGUGGAAUGGGAAUUGCACAAAAUUGGAAUGUUGAAUUUUCUCAUCUCUUCAUUGGGUACAAGUUUUCUCAUGGUGCUCAUAGUCAAAUUUACCAUGGUAUAUACAAAGCGCGACAUGUUGCUAUCAAAAUUUUCAAGGUACCAGAAUGCGAGGAAAAGAAAACCAUUAGAUCUCUCUUAGAGACACAAUUUUCGAGAGAAGUCACACAUCUUCCUCGUCUCCACCAUCAAAAUGUGGUGAGUUUCAUAGCAGCAUACAAAGACACCAAUUCUUUUUGCAUUCUCACGGAGUAUCAACAAAAGGGGUCUUUAAGGGCACAUUUGAACAAGUUUGAGUCCAAGCCAAUUCCGCUCGAGAAUGUGCUAGCUUUUGCUUUGGAUAUUGCUCGUGGAAUGGAGUAUAUACAUGCUCAAGGUAUCAUUCAUAGAGACCUUAAACCUGAAAAUAUCCUUGUUGAUUGGGACUCUCAUCUCAAAAUAGCUGAUUUUGGCAUUGCUUGUGAGGCCUCAAAGUGUGACUCAUUGUGGGGUACAUAUCGUUGGAUGGCACCAGAGAUGAUCAAAGGCAAGUGUUAUGGGAGGAAGGUUGAUGUGUACAGUUUUGGGCUUAUUUUGUGGGAGAUGGUGAGUGGCACAGUGCCAUUUCAGAAUAUGACUCCAAUUCAGGUUGCUGUUGCAGUAGCUGAUAGGGAUUCAAGGCCUAUUAUUCCUACACAUUGCCCACAUGAUUUGAGAGAUUUGAUCAAUCAAUGUUGGGCCUUGAACCCAGAUGAGAGACUCGAAUUCUGUCAGAUUGUUCGAGUGUUGGAGCAACUGAUAGGAGACGUUUAUCUCUAA